AUGGUCGAGAAUAGGAUCUGGGGUGCGGGGUCAUGGGAGGUGAAGCAGCGAAGCUGGAGGCCGAAGGGUCGAACCCCCCCGGAGGCUCGCGGGGGUGUAUGGCUGUGGAGAAGGCGCUCAGACGAGGAUCAGCGGGAAGGCGUGUGUCCACUGGGAUUGGUCGCUGGGCAGUAUGCUGCGAUGUCACUCGAUGCACGGACGGAGAGCUGCCAAUCCAUGGGACAAGAUCCGGGGAAGUUUGGCCGGGCGGUGCCCCUGGCGGCCACGAAUGUUGUGCGAGGGGGCAUUCCCGACAUCUGGUGCAUGUUGCAGACGGCCCAGGGCGGCCUGCAGACGAGGAUGGCAAGGAAGGAGAGCUCUUCCGUGAGCGGAUCGACGACGUCGGGCUCGACGAACUACACGCGCUCGACGGACUCGCGGUCGGAGUCGCGCGGACGCUCCGUAACGCGCAAUGGAUCGUAUUCCGAUCGCGAGCGGUCGGGGUCGCGCUCGAGCCGCGGGACGAACUCGCCGAUGGGCAGCCUUUCGCCGACCGGCUCUGCGCUCGGGCUUGGUGCUGCGCACGUACGUGGACGCGAUCGCGACCGGGAAAGCAGAGGCAUGAGGAUGGGGAGUGAUGAAGAGCGUGGGCGAGAACGCACGGGCAGGCCGCUCACUGCGAGCGUCAGCCCGCCGAACCCAUUGGGCUCGCCCAGAGCACAAGCGGCUGAGGUCGAGUCGCCGUCACGCUCGUCAAGCCUAGUGGAUGUGCAGCCGGAUAGGUCGGAUGUACCGUCCCCGCCUUCAUCCGUGUCUGGCUCGUCCACGUCAACGGCCAGCAUCGCCACAUUGCGACAGCCCCUGUACGAGAACCAGAUUACGGUGCCCCGCACGCGUGUGUCGCUGAACACCGCUGAGCUGCCGUCUCCCAUCCCCGAAGAAGACGAACAGCGCUCGCGGCACCCCACACCUGCCAACUCACCUGUGACUGCGUUCAAUCCGAUCGUGCCAUCCUCAGGCGACGCGGCUUCCUCGUCUGUUCCAGAAGGCAGGCUUCCAUCGCCUCCUGUGUCGCUCGAACGCGCGGCGAAGACGGGCAGCACAAGCCCCGUGCCGAUUCCACGGUUCAGAGAUCGUGUCCCGCGUUCGGCUGCAGAAGACCAGCCAGGCUUUGUCGGCCGGGCGGUCGACAUAGUAUCCUCUGCGAGGGGCUUUCUAGGCUCAAUAUGGAACUCAAAUGUAAUAUUGUCAAACUCGCUCCGUCGCAUCGAGAUUCGAGGCACCCAUGUGCAGGCGCUCAAUAUACGGCUGACCCUUGGAAGACUCGGCGCCAUGUCGAGCGAUUCAGAGUCGGACACCGAUUCAGUCAGAAACCACAGUCCGCCACCAACAUCAGGAAUCGUAACAGCGACCUCUCCCUUCGACGCCUCGGAUGCAGACUUGAUCCUGUGUUCAUCAAACAGGGUCGAUUUUCGCGUGCACCGCGCCAUCAUGGCAGUGGCAUCCCGAGUGUUCAAUGACAUGCUCACUUUACCCCAGCCUGCGAAUGCCGUGGACGAUCAUCUUGCUGUAGUUGAUCUGACUGAAGACGGCAGCACGCUCGAUACACUCCUUCGCAUUUGCUACCCCGUCCUCGAUCCGACCAUCGAUUCAAUCGAUCUCGCGCGCCCGGUCCUGGAUGCUGCUUUAAAGUAUGACAUCAAAGUAGCGAUCGUGUACUGCAAGCGAGCUCUCCGCCGUCUUGCAAAGGUACAGCCACUGAGGGUGUAUGCCAUUGCCUGCCUGCUUGGUGCAGAACAUACGGCCAGGCUGGCUGCUCAACAAGCUAUAUCGCGAUGGGAUCAAUUCAAGGACCAAUAUGUCCCGGAAUUCGAGGAAUUAUCAGCAGGCUGCUAUCACAGACUCCUGAGCUAUCAGCGUCACGGCAGUGACGUCGGCCAUCCCUUCUCCUUCUCCAAAGGAGAGUCUUCGACGUAUCAUGCCGUUUCGCCGUCCUCUCCGGAACAGUUGCAUCCCGUACGCCACGCACCAUUCCCGUUUGACGACCUUGAUGCGGAAGUUAUCAUGGUAUCUUCGGACAAGGUCCACUUCCGUGUGUUCAAGUCUAUCCUCACUCUGGCGUCCCAAGUCUUUAAGGCGAUGCUGCAGGCCACCACGCCGUGCGAGUCGGGAUCUGACGGGUCGAAGAAAUACAUUCUCGAUAUCGAUGAGGACAGCAACAUUUUGAAUACUCUCUUGCAGUUUUGUUACCCCAUCGGCACUCCUCCAGCAAUCAGUCCCGAUGCUCUGCCAACGUUGCGUGCCGCCUUGAAGUACAAGCUCGAUAGAGCCAUCUGGUAUCUCCGUUCCCAAUGGCAAACCCUUUCCGCAUUUGACCCAUUAUGCGCAUAUCUGCUUGCGGCUUCAGCCGGCUGGACAGAGGAGGCAAGCGCGACAGCUAAAUCACUUCUCUUAGUAAACAUCACCGUGCUGCAGGGUAGCACCGUUGCUGAACUGGAGACCACGUCCGCGGGUAUCUACUACCGUCUGCUACAAUACCACAAGAAAUGUGCACAGAUGACCAGCCAGCGUGUAGAGAUGGCCUGCAACUAUACCGGUCUAUGGUCUAAGGGUCGUAACAUACAUGUGGAAUGGUGUAUCUCGUGCAAAGUCAGCUCUGGCCGCAGCGAUUCGCUCUGGCUCAGAAAUUUGUACGUGUUCGAGAAAGAGGCUGCAUACGUGAAGAAGUGCUGGUGUCGGCAGCACCUACGAGCGUGGAUUCAGUGCAGUCAGUACUCCUCAAAUUGCGAGCACCAAGAGGACAUCACAUACCCGAGAUGUUACUUCGUCGACUUUUUCAGCAAACAACCGAUUGAACUCUCGCAAUUCACUCACGACCAACGGUCUGCAAACACUACAACUUGCCGUAUCCCUGAUAGCAUCGGCCAUAUCUGCACCCAGUACGGCUUUCCCGAUGGGCGUGUCGGCGGUUAUCUGCUGUAG